AUGGGAAACCUAGAAGCAUUUGACGGUUGUUUCGUCCUAGUAUGGGACUCCUCAGUGAAAUUGAAUUCAAAUCAUUUAAUGGCGUAUAAUAAUUCGAUGACAACCUGGCCAGAAUUAUCACAUCAAUUUGAUAUUGAAACAAUGAAACAAUAUGAUAGUUACAAUACAAUUAAUAAUAGUGAUAAUAAUAAUAGUAAUUGUAAUAGUAAUAAUAAAUCAGAUCCUUAUUCAUUGUUUCCAUCCAAUUCUUUUAGACCAAAUAAAAACUCUCAUGAAAACAAUAAUAUUGAGAAUAAACUGGAACAGUAUACAAAAUAUGAUGUAUUAACACCGGAUAAAUUAUUAUUGAAAAGUGAUCAUUAUAGAAACAAUCAUUUUAAACAUCUUUCAAUGAAUCAAUCUGUAUCGAAUUUGACUAUUCCUAAAUUUAUUAAUUAUGAUAAACUGAUUAAUGAUAAACAGAUAGAUGAUGAACAAAGACUAUCGUCUGGCUCAAAUGAUAUAAAUGCACCAAAAGAUUUACGAAUACGUAAACAAUCACGUUCAAAUUCAAAUCCUAUGCGUUACAAUAAACAUAAAUUAAAACAAUCUUAUCUUAAAAAAGAAAAUAAUAAAAAUACUACUGGAUUUUCAAAUAAUGUAAUAACAAUUCAUAAUACUAAUAUGAAUAGUCAUUGUAAGAUUCCUUCUGAUAUUCAUUUAAGAAACAACUUUGAUAGUAAAAACAUGGAUCCAUCAUCUAAUAAUAAUAAUAAUAAUAAUGGUAAUCAUUUAUUUAAUCCAUCAUAUAAUCCACUAUUAUCAAAUUCUUAUAUUAAACAACAACCAUAUCCUAUAUUUCCACUUAACAAUAAUACUACUGAAAUAGAUAAUCUAAUCAAUUUACCAAAUUCACAAAAUAAUCAUUUUAAUCAAAUUCUUUCACAAGCACAAUUAUCAUCAUCAUCGUUAUCACAAUUUCAUCAAUAUUGGUUGCAAAUGAUCAAUACACCAACAUUAUCAUCUGUAGCCACAACAACAACAACAACAACUGCAACAACAACAACAUCUUCAUUCACUGUAACUACACAAGAUAUAACACCACCACAAACUUUAAUGACAUCAAAAAUGUUACCAUAUAAUUUUAUUCCAAAUGAAUUACAAACUUUAAGUUCAUUAUUUUAUCAAACUAUUAAACAAUUACAAAUGAAUCAUAAUUUACCUGUAAAUAUUUCUUUAUUUAAUCAAAAUCAUUUUAAUCAGAUAUAUACAACAAUAAUCAAUGAGAAUAUAUCAUUAAUCAAUCAAAAACAAUUAGAUAAUCAUCAUAAUGAUGAUAAACAAUUAAAUAAUUUCAUAUUAUUACAUAAUCAAAAUCAUACUACUACUAAUACUACUAUUGCCACCACUACUAAUACUACUGUUAAUAGUAAUAAUACUCAUAAACUAAAUAGAAAUCAUGAUAAUAAUAGAUCUGAUCCACAAAUAAUCAUAAAUCAAUCAAAAUUAAAAAAUAAAUCAAUAAAAUUUAAUAAAUUAUCGCAAUCAAUAAAAAAUAAUUUAAAUUCACAAAUUAUUGAUCAACAUCAUCAUCAUCAUAAUAAUAAUAAUAAGAGAAAGAAAUAUUCUAACGAAGAUAAGGAGAUGAAUAAUCUUGAUAAUAAUGAAAUAAUGAAUGGAAAUAAUCAAUUAGAAGUUGAUGAAACUGACUGUUAUAACGAUGAAGAUGGUGAUGAUGGUGGUGAUGAUGAUGACGAUGAUGAUGAUGAUGAUGAUGAUAUUGUUGUUGAUGAUGAAGAAAUUAUAUUAGAUCCUAAACAAAAUCCUGAAAAUAUUCCAAUGAAUAUAUUUAAGUGUAAUUUAUGUAAUAAGUAUUUUGUUACUGCACAUGGUUUAGAAGUACAUGUUAGAAGAGCACAUAAUAAUGGUAAACGUCCAUUUGAAUGUCAAUUAUGUCAGAAAACAUUUGGUCAUGCUACAAGUUUAUAUCAACAUGAAAGUGUACAUUGUCAAGAUAGACAAUUUCAAUGUCCUCAAUGUGGUAAAACAUUUAAACGUUCAUCUACAUUGAGUACACAUUUAUUAAUACAUAGUGAUACACGUCCUUAUCCAUGCCAGUAUUGUGGUAAACGUUUUCAUCAAAAAUCUGAUAUGAAAAAGCAUACUUAUACACAUACUGGUGAAAAACCCUAUAUUUGUUUACAAUGCGGUAAAGCAUUUAGUCAAUCAUCCAAUUUAAUUACACAUUCACGUAAACAUACUGGUUUUAAACCAUUCUCUUGUUUUCAUUGUUUACGUGCAUUUCAACGUAAAGUUGAUUUAAGACGUCAUAUUGAAACACAACAUGGUACAAUAGAUUUAUGUAAAAAAAAUUAUACAUUAGAAAAUAGACAAACUUCUCAUAUAUCUAUUCAUCACAUUCAAGAAAAUCAGAAAAAAUCACAUAAUUUACAUUAUGAUAAUAAAAUUACAUUAAAUUCAUCAUCAUCAACAUCAUCAUCAUCAUCAUCGUCUAUUUCACCUUUACCAAAUAUACUUUCUAGUCCUACAUCAAUUCAUUUACAAAAUUAUUCAAAUUCAUCUGAUCUAAUUGAUUCAUUUCAUCAUUUAAAUGGUUUAAAUUUAUCUAAAACAAUCAACACUAACAACACUAAUAACAAUAAUAAUAAUCAUAAUCAUAACAAUAGUAGCAUUGACAAUAAUAAUAAUAAUAAUAAUAAUAAUAAUAAUGGUACUGACAAUAGUAAUAAUGAUAAUAAUAAUAAUGACUGUGAUACAAUAAAUUCUAAAAAUUAUUCUUCAUCUAGCCCAAACAAUAUACAUGGUAAUAAUGAUGAAAAAUUAUUACCUUAUUCAGUAGAGAAUUUACUUAGUUCACUAACAUAG